UUUUGGCGGGGUGAAUUGGCUUCUUGUUUGAUGAUCUCAAGUUCCUUCACGUAGACGAGUCAUUUGAAGAUCAGAAAGAAAUCAAGAAUUCAAAAAGAUGGAAGAAGAUCCUUUCGAUUUCGAGUCGGAUGUUCUACUCGCUACUUCACCCAUUGUCGCCCCCAAUCGACGGAGAAAAGUGAUUGGUCUGGAUGAUUUACUGGUGGAUCAUUACAAGGAGAAGAAUAGGGUAAUUGAGAGGAAAUCAAAAUUGGCUAAGAUUAAAAAGACUUAUAACUCUGAUGAUGAAGAGGAUGGUAGAGUUGCUAAAUUGUCUAAAUAUGUUGACGAAUGUCACGAGAAGAUGACUCAACUUAGCGAUGAGGAUGAUGUAUCCAUUUGGGGUCUUAAAGUUUUCGGAAACAAGAAAUCCCCGCCGUCAUUUGUAUUUAGCAAUCUUCCAAGUUGCUUUCUUUUUCGUUCUUUCAUGGGCCAUGGAGUGAAUUCACUGAUUGAGCUUAGUACUGAAUCAGGAGAAAUGUUCUUUGAAGGUUUGUUGACCAAUGGCUGGCUACUGAAAUUGGUCUACAAAUGUGGCGAAGUAGAGAAACCCAUAGCAACAUGGACCUUUCACUUGAUGUUAUACUCAUCAAAGGAAGUGCUCAGAACUGCUGCAGUCAACUUUUGGUGUGCUAUUUUGUUGCCAAAAAAUGAGGACGAGUUACUGUUCUUAAAGAUUGACUGGCUACCAAGCUUUUCAGAACUUAAAGGUGCUCUUGAAACCUAUGGCUUCUUAUUGCAUUCACCUUUGGAAGAUUCUUCCGAUGCUGAAAUGAUCCUUGGAGAUUCUGAAUGCACGGAAUCAACUCAAAAUAUUGUAGCAUGGAUCAAGUUUGUAGCUGCUUGUAGCCAAGCAAGGAAAACGCAUUUUAUUUUCUCCACAUCGGAAGCUGAAGAGUUGGUAGUUGUUAUAAUCUGUCUCUUGUUAGAUCGACAGCUACUAGGUCUGUCUGUUGAUCUGAAUGAAUGUAUGCUAUCUUUAGUUAAUUUCUUCACGGAUGACGAAUGGAGUUCCAGCUGUGCGAAAGUAGCAAAAUCUGUUGCCUUGAGGGUUCCUUACGAUAUCAACAGCCUGAGAGCCGUUGACUGUAUCCAAGCAGUUUGUGGGCACACCAAGCAUCUCAGAAGUGCAAUUGCUUUCCAAAUACUUCUUGGUUAUUUUGAUAAGGUAGAGGAUGAAGAAGAUGUCAUAAGGCAACUGACCUUGAUCAAUUUGAAAGACAAAAGUUGUGAUCUUUUCAAAAUCUACAUUUAUUUGGUGUUGACUGAAAACUGGUUCUUAUAUAACCCUACACUGAAAGACAAACCGUUGUUGAACGAAAUGUGGGGUCUGUAUCUCCGGAACUGUUCUUGCCAAAUCAACAUCACAGACACUAGAUCUUACGCGUCAAAGGUUCGAAGUAAAGCUUCUUAUCUUCUUCAAGGAGCCACGGACAAAUCAUAACAGUUAAGGUUUAGUCACGUUAAUGCAUACUUUUGGUUAAUCAGUCAGAUCGUGUUUAGAGAAGGGGUCGAGGGUAGUAAUGGUCGAUUUACUUUCGUAUGUAGUAAAUGUAUACGUUAUAAUACUCGAUCUUAAACGAAAUCUUAUUUGUAUUUUUGCAUAACUUAGCCACAAAAUAUACAUACAAAAUUAGCCUUUUGCU